AUUCCCACAACAUACUCUUGAAAUAGAGAUAGAUAAACAGAAAAAAGUGAUUAGAGACUCGGAGUAGUUCAAAAAGGCUCGACUUAAUAAACUCAGCACUCUUUCGCACCAGAUUUCAUUUCAUGUACUACAUGUAAAACAUGUAGCAUAAUUAAAAGAUGGUAGGCAGCCCCACAUUAAAUUCAUGUACUACAUGGAAAACAUGUAGCAUAAUUAGUAUGAAUGGGAAACAAACAUCUACAAAUACAUUCAAACUAGUGCAUUGUAUCAAUCCUCAAUCACACAAUAACUUUAGCAAAAAAAGAAAUGGAACUUGCUUGGUUUUGGCUUACAGUUAUGGCCAUUUUAGCUGGCUCCUUAGUUUCGUUGGCGACGAAGACGAAGAGGCUGCCUCCCGGUCCGAAAGGGAUCCCUAUUCUGGGACAUCUACACAUGAUGGGGAAGAAUCCCCACCAAGAUCUGCAAAGGAUUACCAAAGACCACGGCUCGAUUAUGUACAUGCGAUUCGGGUUCGCUCCAAUCAUCAUCGUUUCAUCUCCUGAGGCAGCUGAGCUUUUCCUCAAAACAGAUGAUCUUGUUUUUGCCAGCAGACCACCUCAUCAGGCUUCUAAGUAUCUCUCAUGGGAUCAGAGGAAUCUGGCAUUCGGGGCUUAUGGUCUGUAUUGGCGCAACAUGCGCAAGCUAUGCACCUUGGAGCUGCUCAGCACCCUCAAGAUCAAUUCUUUCCGGCCUAUGAGAAGGGAAGAGCUUGCUCAUUUCGUUGAAUCUCUCAAGGAAGCAUCCCGACAACAUGUUGCUGUCGAUCUUACUGCCAAGGUCUCGUCCCUGACCGCGGAGAUGAGCUGCAGAAUGGUGUUUGGCAAGAAAUAUGCUGACAAAGACAUAGAUGAGAGAGGCUUCAAAAGUGUGAUCCAUGAAGGGAUGAAACUAGGAGCAGUUCCCAAUUUGAGUGAUUACUUCCCUUUCCUUGGAGUCUUGGACCUUCAAGGGCUGAUAAGGAAGAUGAAGGCACUCGCAAAAGUUUACGAUGAUUUCUUUGAGAAGGUUAUAGAGGACCAUGUUCGAGCAGGGGAUCGUCCUGAGCAGGCCAAAGACAUUGUUGAUACCAUGAUGUCCAUAAUGCAAAGUGGGGUAUGUGAGUUUCAGUUCGACCGACGUAACAUCAAGGCUAUGAUGCUGGACUUGCUCGCAGGUUCAAUGGACACAGCAGCAGCAUCAGUGGAGUGGAUACUCUCCGAACUGUUGAGAAAUCCAACAGUUAUGAAGAAAGUACAGAAAGAGUUGGAACAAGUUGUGGGAUUGAAGAGGAUGGUUGAGGAGUCUGACCUCGACCAGCUCGAAUAUCUCGACAUGGUUGUGAAGGAAACCUUUAGGCUGCAUCCAGUGGCUCCGCUGUUGAUUCCUCACUAUUCCAGGGAAGACAGCAAGGUUAGCGGCUAUGACAUACCGAAAGGGUCAAGAAUACUCAUCAACACAUAUGCAAUUGGGCGCGAUCCAAAUGUGUGGACUGAUCCGGAGAUGUUCAUUCCAGAGAGGUUCAUUGGCAGUGACAUUGAUGUUAAGGGACAGCAUUUCCAGCUCCUCCCAUUUGGGUCUGGGAGGAGAGGUUGCCCUGGAAUGCAACUGGGACUCAUCCAAGUUCGACUGAUCGUGUCACAAUUAGUCCACUGCUUUGAUUGGCAGCUGCCAAAUGAUAUGUCGCCAACGGACCUGGACAUGAGUGAGGAAUUUGGCCUUGUUGUUUCAAGGGCCAAUCAUCUCAUGGCAAUCCCUACCUUUCGGUUGCAUACUUGGUUUUGGCUUACCGUCGUGGCCACUUUAGCUGGUUCUUUGGUUUUGUUGGCGACGAGGAGGAAGAAGAAGCUGCCUCCAGGUCCAAAAGGGAUCCCUAUUUUGGGACAUCUAAGCAUGCUGGGGAAGAAUCCUCACCAGGACCUGCACAAGAUUGCCAAAGACUAUGGCCCGAUUAUGUACAUGCAAUUCGGAUUCGCUCCAAUCAUCGUCGUUUCAUCUCCUGAGGCAGCUGAGCUUUUCCUCAAGACACACGAUCUUGUUUUUGCCAGCAGACCACCUCACCAGGCUGCUAAGUAUCUCUCAUGGGGUCAGAGGAAUCUGGUAUUUGGGGCUUACAGUCCAUAUUGGCGGAACAUGCGCAAGCUAUGCACCUUAGAGCUUCUCAGCACGCUAAAGAUCAAUUCUUUCCGACCUAUGAGAAGGGAAGAGCUUGCGCAUUUUGUUGAAUCCGUCAAGGAAGCUUCCAGACAACAUGUUGCUGUCGAUCUUAGUGCCAAGGUCUGGUCCCUGACUGCAGAGACGGGCUGCAGGAUGGUGUUUGGCAAGAAAUAUGAUGACAAAGACAUAGAUGAGAGAGGCUUCAAAACUGUGAUCCAAGAAGUGAUGAAACUAGCAGCAGCUCCCAAUUUGGGUGAUUACUUUCCUUUCCUUGGAGUCUUGGAUCUCCAAGGACUGACAAGGAAGAUGAAGGCACUCGCAGAAGUUUUUGAUGAUUUCUUUGAGAAAAUUAUAGAAGACCAUGUUCGAGCAAGGGAUCGUCAUGACCAGACCAAAGAUAUCGUUGAUACCAUGAUGUCCAUUAUGCAGAGUGGAGAAUGCGAAUUUCAGUUCGACCGGCGACAUAUCAAGGCCAUUAUGCUGGACUUGCUCAUAGGUUCAAUGGACACAGCAGCAGCAUCAGUUGAGUGGAUACUCUCAGAGCUGUUGAGAAACCCAGCAGUUAUGAAGAAACUACAGAAAGAGUUGCAACGAGUGGUGGGAUUGAAGAGGAUGGUUGAAGAGUCAGACCUGGACCAACUCGAAUAUCUAGACAUGGUUGUAAAGGAAACCUUCAGGCUGCAUCCAGUGGCUCCACUGCUGAUUCCUCACUACGCAAGGGAAGACAGCAAGGUUAAUGGAUAUGACAUACCGAAGGGAGCAAGAAUAAUUGUAAACACUUAUGCAAUUGGGCGAGAUCCAAAUGUAUGGAUUGAUCCCGAGAUGUUCAUUCCGGAGAGGUUCACUGGCAGUGACAUUGAUGUUAAGGGACAACAUUUCCAGCUCCUCCCAUUUGGCUCUGGGAGGAGAAGUUGCCCCGGAAUCCAACUGGGGCUCAUUCAAGUGCAGUUGAUCGUGUCACAAUUAGUCCACUGCUUUGACUGGCAGCUGCCAAAUGAUACGUCGUCAAAGGAGCUGGAUAUGGAUGAGGAGUUUGGCCUUGUUGUUUCAAGGGCCAAUCAUCUCAUGGCAAUCCCUACCUUUCGGUUGCAGAACUAGCUUUUGUAGGAAACUUGUAAGAAUUGC